AUGAAUAAUAUUGUUAAACAAUUACGUAUAGAUUUUUAUAAACCAAUUGAUCAUGAUACAAUUGCAUCAAGUGAACUAAUAAAGAAUAAUCAUAGAAGAAAAAUACCACAAGCUGAUUUAGCUUCAUUAGGAUUAACAAUACAAGAAGAAUUAAUAACAAAAUUAAUUAGUUCAUCAUCAAAUUCAACAACAACAAAUGAAUCCUCAAUAUCAAAGAAAACUUCAUCAAUAACAUCGGUAGAAAAUGUACAUUUUAUUUUACAUAUCAAUGAGUAAAAAGACAAUGUAUUUUACUAAAAACUACACGAUUAAAUGAUUUAUUAUUAGUAUUUGAUUGUCGUUCAUUAAAUGUUCAGGAAGUCUAUGUGAUAGAAUUUACUUUCGAUAAUCAUAUUUGAAUUAAUGAUAAUCAAGAAAAUGAAUUAAAUACACAUAAAUCAAUAGUUGCAAAUAAAGAUUAUCCAACAUUACUUGAUACAUAUGUUCUUAAUAAUAGUCUUAAAUUCUUACAUAAUAUUUUGCUCGUAAUUAUCCAUCAAUACAAUCUUAGAAGGAACGUUUAACAUCAUUAUCAUCAUCAAAUACAAAUAUAGUCGAUAAAAUAAAAUUCUUCGAUUUUCAUUAUGAGUUUCAACAUCAUCAUCACCAUUAACAAAUUAUCCAAAGAAUAUGACA